GUCACGUGGGCGGCGGAGGGCGGCCAUGAUAGCUACUGAGGCAACCCUACACCGGAAGGGCCGCCAUGACUGUUACUAGGGGAAACUCUCCCACGCCUCGCAAAGGGCGAACAAAGCCAAAGGCGCGGCCCAGGCUCGGCGCCGGAGACACGAGGCCGCCGCCGCCACCGCCUCUCCACAUCCCCCGUCCGGAAGGCGUAACGGGCGAAGCCGGAAGCGGAGACUUUCUAGCGCAUCACUUCCGCCCUCCGCGACAUCUCGCUGUCUCCCCGGCCGGGCCAGUGCGCAUGCGCUUUCCUUCAAAGUGCGGCGGGGCGGGAACCGGGCGCUGGUCGGGGGCGGCCAUGGCGGAGGCGGCUCCGAGCCCCAAGCCCAAGGGAGGAAGAAUUGUGCCAUCCCGUUACUUGCAGUAUGACAGAAAAGUUGCUGGGAAGCAGGUGGAGAGUUGCCUGUCUGGCACUAAAGGGUUUGAGAGGGCAGCCUCUGCAAAGAGACCCCCUGUUCAGUUACAGAAGCAGAAAGCUACCUCUGAAACGAUGCUACAGUCAACUCUGCUGGAAAAUCAUGGGAAUGCUCGACUUGACCUGGAGUUCUCUGCGAUUGAUGGCCGUCCAGACAAAACCCGCCUUCAGACACCACUCUCAAAGGCAAAUGCUGCCGUGAAAGGCGCCUCCAGGAGAGAGCAGACCCUGAUAUCCACUGAUCCAGACGAUUUGACUGGAGUGCUGGGAUCUCACGCACUGCUUUUAACGUAUGCCUUAAUAAAGAUGGAGAAAAACCUUGCCCUUCUGGAGCGGGAAGCGGAAAGGAACUUGCUAGCGCUCUCCGAGGAACGGGGGAAGCUUCAGGAGGAGGCACACAGGAAGAAGCGUAGACUUCUGCGGCUGAAGAAAGAACAGGAGCUCUUGGAUACCCUGGACAGACAGCUUGAAGUGCUUGUUCCUGUUUCUGAGCAAUGUGUCAGGUUCCAGGAGGAGUACAGCAACUUCGCCACAGCCCUGGACUCAACGCGGCACGAGCUGCCCAUUAAGGGGAUCCAUAUGGGAGAGAACCAGAGUCAGUUCCUAGCUGACUUGCAAGAACAGCUGACUGCCACUCAGAGCAUCCUGGAGGGGAAUCUACAGGAACACUCUGAGCACAACACCAAAGUUUUGGAUGUUGUGAAAGAGCUGGAGGAGGCAUCUCUGAAGCUGAACGAUGAACUCCAGAGGAGCUUUGCUGGUGUUCUGAACCUUUCUGUUGAUGUGAGCAAGGAGGUCUCGCUGCAUUACCAAAAAACAUGCGAAGAUACCUUGGGGCUGGAGGCCAUGAGGCAGUUGUACUUCCCCCAGAGCAGUUCUUGAACCGCUGGCCACAAUAGGAGGUUGGACUUCAAGCCUCUUCACCUUGUGACGGAUUGAGUGGUGAAGCUGCAGUGCAUUGGCUGGAAUUGUUCACCUCCCUCCUCCAUAAAUGACUCCUCUCAGCUACCACUUCAGCCAAGAAAGCAAAGUUCCUAUACUGUCUUUUCCAUUAAAUACUUUUUGUCUGCUUCA